UUUUUUAGACACAAGUUAUACAUUUAAAUAGUACCUGGUUGUUUUUGCACCAUUACAAAAUUUAAUGGCUUUGGUUGUUUUUUCAGCAAGUAUUACUAAUAAGUAUUUACUUAAUAUUGAAAAAUAGUUUUUUGUUUUGCAGAAAUAAUAUUAUAUAAACUUUUUUAAGAAUGUAAUUAUGAGCAAUCAAUUACGUAGACAUCAGAAACAAGUAAGUUUUCAUGUUGAUUCAAAGUAUAAAAUUCUUGAAAUCAUUGGAGAGGGAGCGUAUGGUGUAGUUUGCUCAGCAUUAGAAAGUACAACAGGUCAGCGUGUAGCUAUUAAAAAAAUAUGUGAUAUUUUUGAUGUGCCUGCCAUAACAAAAAGAACCUUAAGAGAAUUGAAGAUUUUAAAAUUUUUUAAACAUGAUAAUAUUAUAGCUAUCAAGGAGAUAUUAAAACCCCCUGAUGAUAUCAAACUUUUCAAAGAUGUUUAUGUUGUUUUGGAUUUAAUGGGUAGUGAUUUGCAUCAUAUUAUUCAUUCAAAACAAGAUCUUUCAGAAGAACAUGUUCGGUAUUUCCUCUAUCAAAUAUUGAGAGGUCUUAAGUAUAUACAUUCUUCAAAUAUUAUUCAUCGUGAUUUGAAACCAAGUAAUUUGCUUGUUAACAAAGAUUGUGAGUUGAAAAUCGGUGAUUUUGGCAUGGCAAGGAGUCUUCUAUCUUCACCUAUUGAGCAAAAGCGUGUAAUGACAGAAUAUGUUGCAACUCGCUGGUAUCGAGCACCAGAGCUGAUGCUUACUGUGCAUCAAUUCACUAAAGCUAUUGAUAUGUGGUCAGUAGGAUGUAUUUUUGCAGAAAUGCUUGGUAGAGCUGCUCUAUUUCCAGGAAGUAAUUAUCUUAAUCAACUUCAGCUUAUAUUGAGUGUUGUUGGUCUUCCUUCUGUAGAGUUUCUCAGUACAAUAUCUUCGGACCGUGUUCGAAAAUAUAUUACAAAGUUGCCGCACAAAGAUGCUGUUCCGUUAUCAAAAAUGUUUCCAAAUGCUUCUGCUGAAUCUAUGGAUCUACUGAAAAAUUUGUUAGUACUUGACCCAAAAUACAGGUUCUCAGUAGAAAAAGCAUUAGAUCAUAAGUUUGUUGAAAGGUAUCAUGACCUUGAUGAUGAACCUACUUGUGCUGAGUUUAGGUACGAUAUUGAAAGUCUCCCACUUGAUAGAGAUAUUUUAAAAGAGAAGAUUAUCAAAGAAGCUUUGGAUUACCAUCAAAAGCGAGCUAAGCCAAAACUAGCCCCAGUUCAGAUAGACUUUUCAAAUGAAUUUAUAAAACCUGAAGAUAUAGUGCUGAAAAAUAAUGUUUCUUCAGAAGCUAUUUCUAACAUUCCAAAAGCUGUAAAUAAUACUGAUAUACCAACAAAGCAUGCUAUAAAACGCAAGCAGAAGGAAAAUAUAACAGGCGAUAAGGUUGAAAAUGUCAAAAGAAAAGUCACUAGUGUUGAACUUACUUCUGCUGAUAAAAAUCUUUUGGAACGCUGGUCUAAUAUGCAAAAGUCAGCAAAACCAUUUGUGAACGCAAUAAGAAAUCAUGCUGGUGAUUUGAUUGGUAACUUGGUGCAGAAAAAAGAUAUAAAUGAUAAUCAAGAAUCUGUAAAAGGUCAAUCAAUUAUUAGACGUGUUUCUACUUUCCAGUUUACGAAUUUUGUUCCAAGAACAAAGGAUGGACAUGUUGAGCUUGUUAAAGAGGGAUCUUUACACAAUUCUGUUACUUCAUCACAUUUCAGUGUUGCUUCAUCACAUCUAGUUGUUGCUCCAUUGCAUCAAACUGUUGCUUCAUCACAUCUCACUUCAUCGCCUCUAAUUGUUACUCCAUCACAUGUACCUGUUGUAUCAUCACAUCUACCUGGUGUUUCUUCGCAUGUUGGGGUUGCUUCAUUACAUCUACCUGUUACUCUAUCACAUCUUGCCACAACAGCUUCUUCUGUUUAUUUUAUCUCACCAAGUUUUACCAAUAAAGUGUCCUCAGUCUCAAUGCAUCUUUCUACCCCAGUCUCUUCUUCUCUUGAGAAAACAUCACAACAUCAAUCAAAUUAUCAAAAUGCUAUUCUUGUACCUGUUAGUGCAGUUUCUAUGUUUAAUAUAGAGAAUAAACCUUAUAUUUUGGUGCCAAAUAUAAAAAUAAUGAAUCAUCCAAUUCGAAUAGCACCAAAGAUUUACAACAAAAUUUUGCCUGCCGAAUCAUCUGCAGACAACAACCAUAGAAUAGUUUCUCCUUCUAUGAAUGGUGCAAUGACAGUAAGCUCAUGCGCAAGUGUAAAACCUGUUAUUACUUCUCAACUUAAUUCUACUUCAUCUGAGCCAAAAGAAAGCGUAGCAAGGACAAAAGAAAGUCUAGCAUCAGCAAAAGAAUGUGUUGCAACAACAAGUAAUCAAUUGCUGCCACUAUUGAAAAAAACAUUAGAAAAAUCAGUGAAUUUAUUUAGUAAUAAAAAAGUAGAAAACAUUGUAAGUAAAACAGUAAAUAAAUCUAAUGUUAGCUUAGUAAGUCUGAACUUAGAGAGUGAAAACUCAGAAAGUUUUCAAGUAUUUAAUGACUUAAAUAAUAGUGAAACUAAAUGUUUAUUCUCUGGUGAAUCUCAUUUAUCAGAAAUUUCAAUAAAUUCUUCGGAUUUGAGUUUUACAGCUAACUUAUCAGCUGAUGUUGAAAGUAUUUCAAGUGAAAAAGAACCAUUUGAAAGUAUUGAAACUUUGACAUCUGUUCUUUCACAUAAUGGAGAGGAAAAAACUGAUGAAAAUGACACUUUAUUUAGUUACAUUAACACAACUUUACCAAAUACAAAUCCUGGUGAUUGGUCAAUAGUUAAAAAUAUGUUGCUUAAUACCAUUAAAUUAAAACCAGUUAAUAAUGACACUGUAAUACCUUGCUUAUCUGAAACUGUAAUACCUCUUUUACCUGAACAAAGUUCAUUGUUAGUUUGUGAUGGUUCUAAUAUAAAAACUAAUAUAGAAAAUGACUGCCUAAAUAAUUUGCACAAACAAGUUAACACCACUGAACUGAAUCAAAAUAUGCCCCGUUAUAAUGUUAGUAUUUUUGAAGAAAGUAACUCAAAGAUUUUCAAUAAUAAGUGUUAUGAUUUGGAUUCAAGUUUUAUAACAAAUAGUUGUGUUCAAAAACCAUUUGCAUGUUCACAAAGUUCAUUAUUGUAUUCUCUAAAUUCACAACAUAAUAGUUUUGAAGAAAAUAAUAGUAGAUUUUUGGUAACACCAAAACCUGACAAUAGUGUUGAAAAUCAAUUAGAAGUCCCAAACAUUGAACCUCAAAAUGUCUCAAGAGGUGACGAUUCUGACAUAUUUCUUACAACAGUUAUGACCACACCUUACACACCUCGUAGUGGAGCUGCUGGAUAUGGUUUAGGAAUGGAUUUUGAAGAUUUGUUAAGUGCAGGAGACAUAUUUAAUCCGAUUCGUAAUCCUUUUUCUGAACCCUUAUCGGCAUCUUUUUUAAAUGAAUGGCUCGGAAUGAGUAACAUCGAUCAUGAUGUUGAUCUGCAAAAGGAACUAGAAGAUUCUACAUACUAAAGCUUAAAAUUCAUAUAUAUAUAUAAACCAUUGUGAAGAAUUUAUUUUCCUAAGUAAUUAUUGAUUAAAGUUCAUUUUGUUAAUUUAUUAUUAAAAUUAGAUUUUUAUUAUUUUAAAUAUUUAAAUUAAAUUUUAUAUUUAAGUUAGUUUUUACCCAUUUUUUAUUAUUUUUUUUUAUUUUUUUUUUUAUUUUUUUUAGUUACUUUUUUUUAUUUGUAGUAAAGUGAAUGUCUCAUCGAUUAAAUUUGAUAGGAGUUAAAUAUAUUAA